AUGAAAGUUGAAGUAGAAAUCAUUUCUAGAGAGGACAUUAAGCCUUCUUCUCCCACACCCUCUCACUUAAGAGUCUUCAAACUUUCCCUUUUGGAUCAGCUUGUUCCAUCUCCAUAUGCUCCAACAAUCCUAUUCUAUCACAGUGCAACAACUAGCCUUUCUGAAGUUCCAAAGAGGUUACAAUUGUUGAAGCAAUCUUUAUCUGAGACACUAACCAAGUUCUAUCCACUUGGUGGCAAGAUCAAAGAUGACUUAUCCAUUGAGUGCAAUGAUGAAGGGGCUAAUUUUGUAGAAGCCAAAGUGAAGUGUCCUAUUUCUGAAUUUCUAGACCAGCCUCAAGUAACCUUAUUGCAAAAGUUUCUUCCAUGUGAACAAGUUCUUCAAGAAUCAAAUUCAGGAACCUAUGUGACUAACAUUCAAGUGAACAUCUUUGAAUGUGGAGGAAUUGCUAUUGGCUUAUGCAUUUCUCACAAGAUCGUAGAUGGGGCUGCACUAAGCACCUUCCUUAAGGAGUGGACAUGCAGGGCUAGGGGUUGCAACCAAUUCACCAACCCCAAAUUCAUAGCAUCUUCACUCUUCCCCACAAACAGUUUAUGGCUUAGAGACUUGACAUUGGACAUGUGGGGUUCCUUGUUCAAGCAAGGAAAAUGGGUCACUAAGAGGUUUUUGUUCAGAAACUCAGAUAUAGCCAAAGUCAAAGAUCAAAUAUCAAGCACAGCAAACACUUCCUGUGUUGUGGUGCAAGACCCUACACGUUUGGAGAUAGUUUCUGCAAUGUUGUGGAAGUCUCUUAUGGAUGUGUCCAAGGCACAGUUUGGUACCCAAAGGCCUUCUAUGUUGACUCAUAUGGUGAACCUGCGCAGAAGAAUUGAUGAAGCACUGUGUCCAGAGCAUGCUAUGGGAAACCUACUUUGGUUAGUAACUGCAGAACACAUGAGUGAUCAUGAGAUGGGGUUGGAUGAGUUGGUGUGUAAGUUGAGAAAUGGAAUAUCAAAAGUUGAUAAUGAAUUUGUUGAAGAAUUGAGAGGUGAUAAGGGAAGGUCAAUUAUGCAUGAGACUCUCAAAGCUAUAGGUGAGGCAGGACCAAAAAAUGAAGUUGAAUAUCAUGGGUUUAGCAGCUGGUGCAAUUUUGGGUUCUAUGAUGCUGAUUUUGGGUGGGGAAAGCCCACAUGGAUGAGUUGUACUGUUGGUUCAAAUGGUUCAUUGUUUUUUAAUCUUAUUAUCUUGGUUGACACAAGGUUGCAAGAUGGCAUUGAAGCUUGGGUUACCUUGGAUGACCAGGACAUGACUCUUUUGCAAGCAAACCCUGAACUCCUCACUUAUGCAACCAUUGAUCCGAGUCCUCUCUCAAUGUCAGUUGCCUGA